AUGAAGGAAUUUGAACUGAUAAAUCGCCUGAAGAAAAGAUCAAUUAAUAUCGCAGUGAUUACUGAGACAAAAAAGAAAUUGAAAGGGACUCAGGACAUUGAUGAUUUUGUAAUGCUUUAUAGUGGAGUGCCUCAAAACAAAAGAGCGGCAUGCGGAGUCGCUAUUCUACUGGACAAGACAUGGAAAAACAAAAUUGUAAAUUACACCUUUGUUAACGAAAGAAUGAUAAUAGUAAGAUUAAAAUUUGAGAGAGGAUACCUGUCAGUGUUUGGCGUUUAUGCCCCAGAAAAUGGCAGGAAAGAAGAGACAGAUCUUUUUUAUGAAGAGUUACAGCUUAGAAUAAACAACUGUAAGAAAAAUGAUAGUAUGAUUUUAAUGGGUGAUUUGAACGCUCGAGUUGGCAAUCAGCCUAUUCCAAAUGUUGUUGGAACAUUUGGCGAAAUUUGUCUGAAUGAUAAUGGCAAACAAUUAAGAGAUUUUGCCUCUUUUAACAACUUUAAGUUAACAAAUACAUUCUUUAGGAAAAAAGAGAUCAACAAAUAUACGUGGAGUGCAAGAGGCACAAGGUCACUAAUUGAUUAUGUAAUUGUAAAUAAAAAACUAUCUUCACAAAUAAUGGACACACGCGUCCUCAGAGGAUAUGAUAUUUAUUCUGAUCACUUUUUGGUCAUUUCUAAAAUUAAGCUUAUGACUAGAUGGAAAAGGUCUAAACCUAAACAUAAUAGACCUGAAGAAGAAGUUUUCCGGAUACCUCUGUUACAAGAGGAUAGUAUAAGAAAUGUAUACCAAAAACGAUUGAAUCAACUGAUCAGAGAAGCAGAUUCAAAUGAUAAUGUCAACGAGGAAUGGGAUAACAUCAAAAAUUUGAUCCAGAAGGCGGCAUAUGAGGCGCUUGGAAAGAGUAGGAAAAAAUACAGGAAAAAUGGCCUGAUAAUUUGGAAUGAUGACAUUGAGAAAGCUGUCAAGGAAAAGCAGAUGGCCUUUAGGAAUAUGCUGCAAAAUAAUACACUUGAAACAAGAGAAAUUUAUAAAGAGAAAAGAAAUCUAGCAAAGCGCAUCAUACGUAACGCACACCAGGAAUCGUGGGACAAAUUUAUUAGUGUUGUUGAAAAUGAUGUGCAUGGUAGACAGACAUUGGCUUACAAGAUCCUUAGAAAAUUGAACAAGGAGGAGAGAGACAAUGCUUACAUUAAUAUCAUUAAAACGAAAGAAUGGAUUGAUCAUUACAGAAACCUCUGGUAUAGCCCAACUGCAGCUAUAGAGUUUGAUAUCGGAACAAUAGACCAGGACAUAGAUUACAGCGAAAUGAAUGAGCUGCAGGAAGCAUUGAAGAGUAUAAAAAACAGGAAAGCUGUGGGUACUGACAACCUGAACGCUCCGUACGUACGUCCUGAACGUACUGAAUCCUAA